AUGUGCAUCGCAUUGAUCUCAACUGCCCAUCCAGAAUACUCGUUGAUUAUAAUCAACAACAGAGAUGAAUUCCUCCAUCGUCCUACAUCAUCGCCAGACUGGUGGCCGGAGCCAGCCUCCUAUGUCCUUGGCUCGCGAGACUUGGCUCGAUCUACACAUGGCACGUGGAUGGGGGUCACCAAGCAUGGCAAGGUGGCAGUUCUUACUAACUACCGUGAGGAUUCGACCACCGCAGCCAUCGGAGUCUACAGCCGGGGCGUCAUCGUCAACAGCUGGUUGAUCGGGUCCACCGAUAAUUUAAAAAAUACCAGGGAGUUUGUACAAGGCAUCGUGGCCAGCCCAGAAGCAAAGCAGGUGGGGGGGUUCAGCUUGGUGUGUGGACAUAUCAACGAACCCUUGGCCAUUGUCUCCAACCGUUCCACGGACAUGGACCAGAUCACAUGGGUGGCAACGGAGAAGAAUCAGACACGUGGGCUUAGCAACACAAGAUUUGAUGACAGGACCUGGCCAAAGAUUAUCGAUGGAGAACAGUUGAUGGAAGCCGCUAUUAACGAGCAUGUGCAAAAGGGGGAGAGGGAGGGCGAGAAUGCGUUGAUUGAUCGUCUGCUGAAGGUUCUCAGCACAGACAGUCUGCCACGACUACCAGAGAAGAAUGCCACAAUUGAGACAUACAUCCAUCAUCUGCACAAGACUAUCUUCGUUCCUAUCAUCGGUGCUCCAAAUGACCGUGACCAAGCUGCAGAGAAAAUUGCUGCGGCGCGGGUAGAGGAUGAAACCCCGGCAAAUGGACCCCCCGACCAGAGUUAUACAUCUGGAUCAUAUGGGACACAGAAACAAACGGUGAUCCUGGCACGACCGGAUGGACGGGUUCGAUAUUUUGAAAGAACGCUGUAUGACAAUGAUGCGAAUACGGUGCCGAUCGGACAAGGGGAUCAUUCAUUUGAAUUCAAUAUCACAGAGUAG